AUGGAGCAUGGAGGACGUGGGGACACCCAAGCUUUAAACCAAAAGCGUACUCAGAGUGCGCCCACAAUGGAUAAGAGGCUUGAAGUCUCAGUGCUGCGGUUGGUUUACUCAGCAGUGCGGAGCAUCAUCCUACUGCACUGGGUGCAUGUGUAUGCCUACCGGUUUGCAUUGAGGGUCGUAGUUCCUGAGGGCAAGCUGUGGAAAUUUACAAAGAGCAAGGGGCGCAAGAUGCUCUUUUCUGCGGCGCCCCAGCUGAGAAGCACCAAGGGGCUGAUUGACGAGAAGGCGGCACAAGUCAUUGCUCUGCCGCCGGAUGAAGGGGAAGACGAAAAGCUGGUCGAGCUGGACCGGGUGUCAGCAAACGUAGCAGCCACUCGCAACAUUAUCCUUUGGCCGGGGGUCCACUACAUCAGUGCCAGCAUCUUCCAUUGGGUGGGCCACUUACCCAGUGACCUGCACGCCUCCUUCACCAUCGUUGAGGUGGACGCACACACUGUGAAGGACGGGACUUGGGCACAGACAUCCUUUGCCGACCAGAAGUGGCCACCCCGGCACUUCGAGGUCCACCUCCAUUCCGCCCGUGAGGGUUACACCGACCGGGGCCAGUGGCUCGAACUGCAACUAGAGACGGCGAGCAGCACUCCCGACGAACCGGUCGUCAACUAUUCCCCGGGGACCGACAUCUGGCCGCUAGCGGACGAGUGCUACGCCAACCUGUGCGCGAUUGCCAAGUGGCCAACGACAAAAGGCGCAGAAGGGGACCCUAGCGAGGCGGGGUUGUCGAAAAGCCUGACCACGUUGGCGAGUACACGUGGCAGCCUGGGGGAGAGCCUGUUUGACAGGGAGGAGAAACGGGCGCAGCAACUGACGUCACGGCUAUGGGGCGCGUUGGAACAUGUCCUGUGGUUUCUUCUGCUGGUCUACAUCGCGGCUUCCGCACUCCUCUGGAUGGUCGCCCUCUUCACAGCCGCGUGCGCCAUGAUUCAAGGGGAAGAGUGGCGACUCUGGGUUCCGAACUUUGCCACAGCUGCCGUCCUACUCGUGGGAUUCCUCGUAGACGCGAAAGAGCGCGCGAAUGCACCCGCUCGUUCCGCAAUCUGGGGCUUUGCAUACGUCGGGUACGGUUGGAGAGUCGCGCUGGUGAAUCUGCUGAUGAUGGUAACGUUUUUGGGGAUGUGGCUUGAAUGGGAUGCACGAACGUGGGUCCCGUCCAGACUGGCGUCUGUCCUUGAUUCUCUAUAACCUCGGAUUUACUGUUUCCAUAGUGAAAUCUAGCUCACUGGCUGCGCGAACGAUUAUUC